AAUCCAUUGAUCAACCCGAUCUCUGCCACUGAAGAAUUUUGACCUAUCUCGAGUGGCGUUCAUUAUUCUUUGACCAAUUUUCCCUCAGAGAAGAAAUCACUAGACAUGCAUAUUACGAUUUACCUCGCCCUCUUGAUGAUGACUCUUCAUAAGGGAGCCAACACAACUCAAGCCGAAAUUGGGCACGGAAUCCAUGACCUCGAGCCAGUCAGGAAUAUCGCGAUUGAGGAGAAGGAAACCAGUCGGGCGACGGGAUCGAUGGCAGAAAUAGAAAGCGCACUCAAAGAAACCUCAGAAGAAACCCAUGGGCCCAAGAAGUAUUCAACAGAAGCCAGGGCAAACCUGGCCGGCGAUGAGCGACAAGAGCAAGAAGCACUAGCACUAGAAUGCCUGAGAGAGCAACUCAAAACAGCCGGCCAUCUGCCCCGGACGAUGGAGCAGAAAAGAUUGGUAAAGCGGUCGACGGACAAGUGCCGCAAGUUCCGGACCCCCAGACACAAACUCAUGUGGUGGGCUUUCAAAUAUGAACUCCGUCGUGCCGGCUACAACAUCCGCAAGCUCUUCUGGCGAUUCAUGGUUUGGUGCGGAAAGAGAGGGGCCGCUUGGAAGCUGUUCAUGACCAAGCUCCGCUGGUCCUUUGCCCGCAAGUGACGCAUUAAAUUCCAAGACAAUGGAAAAACAAUGAAAAGGCAAGGAGCAGGCAGAUAAUUUCCCAUUUGUUGCCCCCGAGUAGAAGGAGAUAGAUAUAUACUUAUCAAACACAUCAGUGUGAGCAACACGAGCUGUGAGGUUAAACAUAAAUUUCCUUGCCAUUUCUUUGAUACAAAUACAAUCAUGGCCCAUCAUCUGUUUAUCUGUAUAGUUUUGAUACAUCUCAGUGCACACCCAUUAAAACAUUCUCCCCCAUGAACACUUGUGUCUGCCUCUCUCAAGUCUU